ACGCAGUAACAUUGCAAGACUCGAUCAGAGUACACAUUGAGUGAAUAAAGACGAUUCCAUUCUGAACUAAGGAAUAAAGCAGUUGUGUUUUUCUCAAGAUAUAUUCCCUGCGACAUAUCAUUUUGGCGACGAGGAUUAUUACUGAACCCGGAACCCGAAGCUCACGAGAUUCUGAAGCUAACGAGAAUUAGCGUCAAGGAUGAACAAUGAAAACCUUGAAACCGUUAUCAACCAAAUGGCUCAACUUCUUCAACAGAUGGCUGCUUUUAAAACUAGAAGUCCUGACGAAAUCCUUGAAUCUUUAUCGAAAACCAUCGAGGAGUUUCGUUUCGAUGAAGAAAACAACAUCACUUUUGAAAAAUGGUAUGUACGUUUCAAAGACCUUUUUCAAAACGAUGCCAGCAGUUUGAAUGACGAGGCGAAAGUGCGACUUUUGCUGAGGAAGCUGGAAACGUCCGCUCACAGCCGGUAUGUGAAUUACAUUCUUCCGAAGCAACCGCAUGAAAAUUCGUUUGAAGAAACCGUCAAUAUUCUCAAAAAAAUCUUCGGAAAGCAAUAUUCGGUGUUCCACAAAAGGUACCAGUGCUUGCAGAUAGUGAAAUCUGCAUUAGAAGAUAUCAUCACUUACGGCGGAAGAGUGAAUAAGGCAUGCGAGGAUUCUGAGUUCGAGAAUUUGAAAUUAGACGAUUUCAAAUGUCUAAUUUUCAUUUGCGGACUGCAAGCUCCGGAAUUCUCGGAUAUCAGAGCAAGACUGCUAUCUCGAAUAGAAAACGCGACGCCGGAGGCUAAAGUGAACAUUCAAACACUAAUGGCAGAAUUUCAACGGCUUAUCAAUCUGAAAGCGGAUACAACGAUGAUCGAAAAUCAAUCAAGAUCGAAGCAUUCCGUGCAUGCAGUUUCAGAGAAGAAACCGUAUCGUUUGCCACAGCCUUCCCGAUUCGACAAUUCAAAAGAUCAGCGUCAACCGAAAUCAGAUUCGAAUACUGUCCCUCGUACUCCUUGUUGGCAAUGUGGAAAAAUGCAUUUUGUACGGGAUUGCAAUUUUACAGAUCAUCUCUGCAAAGUGUGCAAAAAUGUAGGCCACAAGGAAGGUUACUGUAAAGCCAUGAGAUCAAAAUCUUCAAACAACAACACAUAUCAAAAGAGUGAGAAGAAUCAAAAUCAAAAUCAAAAGAAAUCUCAGGGAAUUUUCGUUAAUCAUGUCACGAAAAACACUGCUAAAAGGAAAUUUAUCUCUAUCAUAAUCAAUGGCAUAACUACAUCACUCCAACUGGACACCGCAAGUGACAUAACAGUUAUUUCUAAAACAACAUGGCAACAUUUGGGUCAACCGAAACUUUCUCAAGCAUCCAUUGAAGCAUCGAAUGCAUCGGGAGAACAACUCAAGCUUAUCGGUGAAUUCGAAUGCGAGGUUAUCCUUAAUGCGAUUACAGAGAAAUGUGUUUGUUUUGUUACAUCAUCACCAGUCCUAAAUGUUAUAGGUAUAGAUUGGAUAGAUAGGUUUAAUCUAUGGGCAAUUCCCUUCGAUGUACUGUGUAAGAAAGUUUCAUCAGCAUGUCCAAAGGAUCGAAUAGUACAGCUUCAAUCGAAAUAUCCAACAGUUUUCGAUGAUUCGCUUGGACAUUGCACAAAAACGAAGGUGAAACUGUUUCUGAAGCCCAAUGUAAAACCAGUUUUCUGUCCAAAACGACCAGUACCAUUCAAUACUAUCGCUCUUGUGGAUGCGGAACUAUCAAGACUACAAUCACUAGGCAUCAUCACACCAAUAGACUUUUCGGAGUGGGCUGCUCCGAUAGUAGCCAUUCGCAAGCCUAAUGGUAAAGUUCGAAUUUGUGCGGAUUAUUCGACGGGGCUUAACGAAGCUUUAGAGUCAAAUCAUUAUCCUCUACCUACUCCUGAAGAAAUUUUUGCACAGUUGAACGGAAGUGUUGUAUUCAGCAUAGUCGAUUUGUCCGAUGCAUACCUACAAGUAGAAGUAGAAGACGAAUCUAAACACCUUCUUACGAUCAACACACAUAGAGGUCUUUUUCAGUUCAACCGUCUCGCACCGGGAGUCAAAUCAGCACCUGGAGCUUUUCAAAGACUAGUUGACGGUAUGAUUGCUGACAUUCCUGGCGUUAGAACAUUUCUAGAUGAUGCUAUAAUUUUCGGUAAAACUUGGGAGGCACACAAGCAAUCAUUAGACACAUUUCUUCAGCGUUUAAAAGAAUAUGGCUUCCACGUCAAGCUGGAAAAAUGUCAUUUCUAUCAAACUGAAAUUGUCUAUUUGGGGCAUGUGGUAGAUCGCAACGGCAUACGUCCUGACCCAGAGAAGCUGAAAACCAUCGCAUCUAUUCCAGCACCAACGAACAUUUCCGAAUUAAGAUCGUUCUUAGGAGCUGUGAAUUUCUACGGCCGAUUUGUGAGAAACAUGCAUGAACUCAGACACCCGUUAGAUCAAUUGCUAAAGAAGGAUACGAAGUGGAAGUGGAAUUCGGAUUGUCAGACAUCGUUCGAAAAAUUCAAGAAAGUACUGCAAUCUGACUUACUGUUGACACAUUAUGAUCCGAAUCUUCCUAUCAUCGUUGCAGCAGAUGCGUCUAGCACCGGCGUUGGCGCAGUCAUUUUUCAUAAAUUUCCGAACGGAUAUUUGAAAGCCAUUCAACAUGCUUCAAGAACAUUAACGUCUGCAGAACAAGGCUACGGACAACCGGAAAAAGAAGCUCUGGCUCUUACUUAUGGGGUAACCAAAUUUCAUAAGUACUUACUUGGUCGGAAAUUUACUCUUUUAACCGAUCAUAAGCCUUUACUAUCCAUAUUUGGUUCAAAAAAGGGAAUUCCUUUGCACACAGCAAACCGACUCCAACGGUGGGCAUUGAUGUUAUUAAACUACGAUUUUACCAUCGAAUAUGUUUCAACCACCGAGUUUGGGCUCGACGGCGUCCCACAGGUCUUCGACUUCUAA